AUGGCUGAUAAGUCAUCCCAUUCACCAAGCCCCGGCAUCAACGGUGGCGUAGACGAAAAGACACGCUUGACUGAAGAGGAGAAGAAGCAGAACCACAUAGCUUCUGAGCAAAAGCGUCGCCAAGCCAUCCGAGAUGGCUUUGACAAGUUGUGUGAGUUGGUUCCUGGACUGGAAGGCCAAGGGCGCUCCGAGGGUCUCGUUUUAAAUCGCACAGUCGAGUACAUGCGCGAACAGUUGGAGGUUCGACGCAGAUUGGUACAAGAGCGCGAGGCCCGCGGCGAGAUAGUCGACGAGAAGUUUAAGGAGCCUCUCAAGAUUCUCGAGAGACUGGAAGAGUUGGAUCGCACACGCGUACACACCAAGCAGGAAGACGACGAGUAUUGA